AGAGCAGUACUGUGGAAUUCAUUGUAACACAUCAAAUAAAGGGCUGUCUUUAGAUUGCCAUCUACAUAUCAAAGUGUUUGUACUGGGAGAGGGCAGAAAGGAAUGGAGGAGAUUUAUACCCAAGGCGUCUGGAUGGCUGAAAGUCUCCAGCAGAGGACGAAGACUCAGGAGAAAGUCUGGCUUACGGUCACUCAUAUGGGAGAUCCUAAAGCAGCCUUUCUGCUCGUCUUUCCUUUCACUUAUUUCAUCAACAGGAGAGCUGGAGUAGCGGUGCUUUGGGCGGCAGCUAUAUCGGAGUGGUUAAACUUAGUGUUCAAAUGGCUGCUGUUUGGAGAGAGGCCGUUCUGGUGGAUCGGUGAAUCGCGUCUUUUUGUCAACAAGCAACCGAAAAUUCACCAGUUUCCGUCCACCUGCGAAACAGGCCCAGGCAGUCCGUCUGGACAUGCGAUGGUGACAGCAGCAGUCUGGUGGGUCGUUGUGUCCUCGCUGGGGUCCUUUCUGUACUCCCGUACUCACAGUGUUCUGUUAUCAGCUGCUCCCUACGUGCUCUAUGUGGUGAUGCUUGUUGCAGUUGGAAUCUCCAGGAUCUUCAUCCUCGCACACUUUCCUCAUCAGGUCGUUGCUGGCUCCAUUACAGGUUUCAUUCUGGGGAUUGUCCUGAGCCGCAGAGUACCAGAAGGUCGCCCCCUGCUGUUCUUCUUUAGUUUAAGCUUUGGGCUUCUGUUUGGAGCUCUGAUGCUCUAUGCUGGAUUAAAGCAGCUGGGAAUUGACCUUUCUUGGUCUAUUGCUUUGGCCAAGAAAUGGUGCAGCCAUGCAGAAUGGAUUCGUUUGGACACAGCCCCAUUCUCCUCUCUCACUCGAGACUGUGGGGCCCUGUUGGGUUUGGGGCUGGCACAGUACUGGAAGCCUGGUGGAUGGUCUUUACCUUGGGCUCCCAGAGCUUUGUCUCUGGCUAUAUCAUCCAUGGGUCUUUACCACGUGAAUCGUCUACCGCUCCCUGUCCGACCACAGGGCCUUUUCUACAGCCUGUUCUUUGUCAAAUUCGUCCUAGUGCCUCUGAUCGUUAUGGUACUUGUGCCUGGGCUGGUACACCUAUUAACAUUCAAAAAAAAGAAAGACUAGAAGAGUUUCUCCACACAUGAUGUGCACCUUAAACACCUCCCAAAACUGGAGUUUCUUUCAGAGUUUGUAUAAACACAUUUAAUGUUUAAUGUUCACUGCGUUUCAGAACCAUUUUGAUCGGUACGGGUUAAGUUUACUUUUCAUGUCUUAAAAUUCACUAAACAAUGGCCUUUAAUCCAGUCUAUGACCUGUGUUUUUUCCUUUUUUGAUGAUUUUUAAAGUGCCGGUAUUGAGACAUUGUAGCGUAAAGUACGUUUCUAGUGAAUCUAGUGCAAUCAUAA